AGUAUUGAGAUAGACUUCAGUGGAGUAACAUUAACAAAAAAAUUUAUAUAAAAUUAACUUUUUUUUUUUGGAAGUUUUGUGGAAUUUUUAUAAAGUCGCUGUGCCUUCAAUCGUAACUUUCGGAAGUUAAAUAAUUUAAAUCGCCUAAACCUGAAUAUCAUUAACGAUAGAUAGUGGAAGCUCAAAUGGCAGAAAAUGACGCGUCAACGCAGAAAAGUGGGAAUGAAGUUCCGAAAAAUGGGAACAUGAACAAGAAUAAACAAGGUUUAAAGCUUGAAAAUUUAAAGAAAUCUGAAGAGGUGGAACCAACAAUCACGAAGGCUACCAUUAUAAUACCUCCCGACGGUGGAUUUGCAUGGAUUGUUAUGCUCGCAAGUUUUUGCUGCAACUUAGUAGUUGAUGGUAUAGUUUUUUCAUUCGGUAUGUUCAUUGAGAAUAUUCAAACGGAUUUAAAGGUGACAAAGGCAGAAGUAGCUCUUGUUGGAUCACUUCUCAGCGGAUUUUAUUUGAUCAUCGGACCUUUUGUAUCUGCCUUAACAAAUCGAUAUGGAUUCCGUUUAGUGACAAUUUCUGGAUCUUUAAUUGCAUCACUUGCCUUUGCAUCAUGCUUCGUUGUACCCGAAAUUUACUAUUUGUAUAUCCUAUACGGAGUUUUUGGAGGAAUUGGAUUUUGUUUCAUUUACAUGCCAUCAGUUAUUAUCGUUGGAUACUAUUUUGAAAAAUGGAGACCAUUAGCAACUGGAAUCGCAUUAUGUGGAUCAGGUGUUGGUACAUUCGUUAUGGGACCUAUUUCGAAGAUUUUAGUGGAGAAGUAUGAAUGGCGUGGAGCUCUUCUGAUUCAAGCUGGCAUGAUUUUACUGUGUGCACUUUUUGCUAUGGCUUAUCGUCCUAUCGAACCAACAAUUGUAAGUGAUUUAAAGGAUGAUGAAGUACCUGAAAAGAAGACUUUGAUUGGAGAUAGUCUUCCAUCACCAGCUUUUACUAAACCAUUGCCAGAAGGUCGUUUUGCUUAUUCUGUGCCAAAUUCAAGCCACAAUACGUGGAUGGGAACAGCCAAUAAUACUACUUAUCCUACGGCUGCUGAGAUUUUCAGAGGAAGUGGUGUAAAUUUGGAAAGAAGGCCGUCUCAAAACUUUGACAAGCUCACGCAAAUUAACAUGAGCUCAACAACGAAAAAAUUGGAACAACUUAAGCAAGGACAAAAGAGAUCAGGUCAUGCAACUCCAACAGAAGAUUUGUCAUAUCCACCACAUGUAUUGUCACUGAAUGCUCAUGAAUUGGGACCAGUCGGUGAGGCAGAAGAAGCUGAGGAAAAUGAAAAUGGAACUCUUUUGGAAAAGAAUGAAGUUAAAGUUGUUGUCAGUGCUUCAUCUGGUCGUCGUCAUACUGUUUCGGGAAGAAAGGGUGGAACUGAAAGUCAAACAAAUUCAAGACGUGGAAGUCGUCAAGACAUCAGCAGACCAAUGUACAGAGAUGACAUUUUCUUCUCGGGAUCAUUAGCCAAACUGCCACAAUAUCGCUCUCAAACUUCUUUAGGAUAUCACUUGAGUGUUACGCACAUGCCAACCCAACAGGAUAUUGAAGAGGAAGAGAAUCUCGAUUCAAGAUGCACAGUUUGUCCAGAAGCUGUACGAAGAACAUUAUCGACUAUGUUGGAUGUCUCUCUUCUCAAGAAUUACUCAUUCAUUUUAUUAGCACUUAGUGGUUUCUUCACAAUGUUAGGAUUCUUUGUUCCAUUCAUAUACAUUGCCGACCGUGCCAAAAAAGCAGAGAUUGAUGAAGAUACAGCAGUUUUCUUCCUUUCAGCCUUGGGAAUUUUCAAUACAAUUGCUAGGAUUGUUUGUGGAUGGUUGAGUUCAUUUGAAGGCAUUAGUGCUUUGCAUUUAAACAACAUCUUUAUAACUGCUGGUGGUCUUGCUACAAUGUUCAGUGGAUAUUUUAUGGAUAUCCCAUCACAAUAUGUUUAUACAGCAAUUUUCGGUAUCACAUGCGCCUGUUUCUCUGCUUUACGUUCAAUCAUUGUUGUUGACUUAUUGGGAUUAGAAAAGCUUACAAAUGCUUUUGGAAUUUUGCUUCUGUUUCAAGGUAUCGCAGCUAUUUUCGGAAGUCCAUUAGCCGGAUAUCUUUUUGAAAUCACCGGAAGUUACGAUUUGCCAUUCUUGGUCGCUGGAGGACUUAUCACAUUUUCAGCCGUCUUAUGUUAUCCAUUAAAUAUCAUCAAAACCUGGCAAAGUGCAGGCAAUCAACGAAAGAUCGCUGCAUCUGCUUAAAAGAUUUUUUUUUUAUCACAUUUACGUUUAAGCAUUUUUUUCUUUGCUUGUUAAUGGUGCUUAAUUUUUUUUUGAAAAAAGUGCCAAUAUUCUGUUAAUUUUUACUUAUUGCUGCUUAAAUUUUUAAAGCGUAGAAGUAAUUUUUAGCCUAGUUUAGUCACAUGUAAAUAAGCAUAAAAUUGAAAAUAUUAAUGUUAAGCGUCAUAUUUUAGUUUAUAAAACGAUCCAUAAGAAUUUCAUUAAAGCAGUAAAACAUCUAUCAGAUUAUUUCAUGCAUGAGACAGACGGCAAUUUCUUCUAUGUGUGAAAUGAUACCUGUACAUUAUGAAAUUACAUUCUAUGUUGUGAUAAUAAGUUUUGUUCAUAACAUAAUGAAAAGUCGAAUAUUCAACGAUAUUGCUAGUUUUCAGACUGAACUAAAUUUUUUUUUGUGUUGAAAAGAAUACCUCAUGAUGAUUUGGUAGUAAUCAGUAUCUACUUACUAUACAAAUAAAAUAAUCAAAUUUACUAAAUUUACAGCAUUCACGACUUCAGGCUUUACCAUCAUUUUUUUCGUUUUUGUAAAAUUUUGAUUUUUUGAAGAAAGUUUUUAAUAAAGAAAGAAACUGUUUU